AUGGAAAGUGCUGUCCGUAAUGAUUUGGGCGAUCUUGAAGAAGAUUAUGCAGAACUGAUCAUACCCCUCUUGGAAGAACAUCCUUAUAUUUUUGACCGAGGCGUAGAUCCUGAACAAGGUCCUUACUCAUUUGACAAAUUUCUCAAGAUUUCAACCUUGAUUUCAUCUCGUGCUUUUGAAGUAGAUGCUUACCAUGAAAAUGCUUUGGUUCCUUUUGCUGAUAUCUUUAAUCACAGAGGAGAGAAUGAGCAUGUUCAUUUCGAAACUGAAUUCGAAGUAUGUGAUGCAUGCGGUGCUCUUGAAUAUUGUGAACAUCAAUUCCUUCAAUACAUGGACGACAGUGAUGCUGAAGAAGGCGAAGAGGGAGAAGAAGAAUGGGAAGAUGAAGAUGUAGAAGAUAUGAGUGAUGCCAAAGAAGAAGAUGAUGAUGAUGAUGAAGAGAUGGAUACUGAAUUGCCUGAUUUAGAAGAAUUAGAAGCAGCAGGUGUUGACUUUUAUGAAGAAGAGAAAGAGGAAGACAAAAAAGAUACUUGCGAUAUGGUUCUUGACCGCGAUGUUAAAAAAGGAGAAGAGGUCUUUAACACCUACGGCGAACAUCCCAAUAUCAACUUAUUGAGCAAGUAUGGUUUCUGUUAUGAUGACAACAAGAACGAUUAUAUUUCUAUCAGUGAAGACACUAUUGUUGAUUGUGUACUCGCUGUUUAUGCGGAAAAUCUCAAGGAAGAAAAGCCCAAAGCUUCCGAAGAAGAACUUGAAAAAUUAGCAGUAGAAAAGACCAGACCCAGAUGGGAAUUCUUUUUGGAGAACGAACACAUUUUGUGUCCCUCUGAAGAAGGUGAAGAAGAACAAAGAGACGAUUAUGAAGAUGAUGGUUGUCAAGAUGGCUGUUGCGGACCUGACGAUGAUCACGAACAUGACCAUCACCAUGAAGACGAAGAAGAAGAGCAUGAACAUGAUGAAGGUGGUGGUUGCUGUGGUGACGAAGACGACAAAGCUGGUAAAUCUCGUCCUUAUUUUGUCAACUAUGAAGGUCUCUUUGAAGACAAACUUAUGUGUUUGCUUCAUGUUAUGUUUGUGAGUGAAGCCAAGUUUGCUAAAUUUGUUGAAGACAUGAACAAUGCCUUGGAUUACUUUGAAGAAUUGGCUAACAGCCAAGGCGAAAAGAAGACCAAGGCCAUGAUUGAUACCAAACGUAGUAUUUACCAAGUCUGCCGUGCUCUUGUUGAAAUCAGACGUAUGGACUAUCUCGAAAAUGGCGAAUGGAAGACAAUUGAGCAAGAAGUACAAGAACGCGAAAAGGUUGCUGAUAACAAAAGAAAGUAUUAUGCUUUCACAUGUCGUAUCAGUGAAAAGAAGAUUAUUGAAAAAGCGAUUCAAUAUUAUGGUGAUCUUGUUAAAGAAUACACUUCAGCCACUCCUACGAGCAGUGGAAACAAAAAGAAGCCUGUAUCAAAGAAGAACAAAAAGAUGAAGCUGUAG